ACCAUCUUGCCCUUUUUGUCUUUCUUAAUUGUCAGCUGCGAGCUGUUAAUGCGCAAAUUGAAAUCACCACAUUCAAUCAGUAAAAGAUGGAAUCCAACCCACUUACUCAUCCUGUGGUGUUGCCGGUGUCAGUUACUGUUGGGAUUGCAACAUCCAAACAAUGUGGCGUGAAGCCAAUCCCAUGUGCCCAGGUGUGACACACGCAACGAAAGCAGCACAGCACAGAGCAAACCGCGUGGCUUCAGGAGGGGAGAGUGCAGAGAGAGAGGGAGGAAGCAGUCAGGUGAGCUCUGGUUUAAGAGCUGGUGUUUCAUUAACAUAUUUUUACAGCUCCGAGGGUUUGCAGGUUGUGCAGGACGGAGACGGUCUUCCAGUCGGUCCGGUUCUCUCUUAUCUGGCCAGAGAGCAGGUUGUCUUCAGUCGAGCUGUCGGAGAGAGCGGGAGAUUGAGCAGAGACUCGGCUGGGAGCGAAGGAUGAGCGUGUUCCUGUACUUCAUCCUCCCGGUUGUGGGUGGAUACGCUCUCAGCUCCGUGUACCUGCUGAGGAACCCACACGUUCUCCACAGGAAGAAACGCACCGCUUUUUACUGCACACACAUCUCACACAGAGGAGGAGGUGGAGAGAAGAUAGAAAGCACGAUGGAGGCGUUCACACAUGCGGUGGAGCAGGGAACGCAGAUGCUGGAGAUGGACUGCCACUUGACCCGCGAUGGACAUGUGGUGGUGUCACAUGACGAGAAUCUGCUGAGGCAGACCGGCCACGACGCCGACAUCUCCUCACUCAACCUCCAGGAUUUGCCUCUGUACAAAGAGAGCCUGGAGGUGACUUUCUAUGAAGGUCGCUACAGCAGCGGUGCAGACAGGAAGUUUGCCUUGCUGGAGGACGUGUUCAGGAAGUUCCCUGAGAUGCCCGUCAGCGUUGAGAUCAAAGAGAACAACCACCAGCUGAUUGAAAAGGUUUCUGACUUGGUCCGACGCUACAACAGGGAAGAGAUCACCGUGUGGGCCUCAGUGAAAUCCGGGAUUUUGGAAGAAUGCCGCAGAACGAACGGCUCCAUGCCGUACAGCUUCUCAGGGAGCCGAGGUGUGCUGGUGCUGCUUCUCUUCUACAGCGGCCUGCUUCCCUUUGUGCCGCUGGGAGAGAGUUUGCUGCAGUUCUACCUGCCGCGCAUCAUCAACAGGACGUACAUUCCUGAGGAGGGCAUCCUGAGGAACAAGCUGGUCAUCUCUUUGUUGGAGAAAGUCACAAUGAGGAAGAGUCUGUUCAAACACCUCUCCGCUCGGGGGAUCCAGGUGCAUUUGUUCGUGUGCAAUAAAGACGACGACAUUAAGGCUGCAUUCGAAGUCGGGGCCACAGGCGUGAUGAGUGACUACCCGACUCUUCUGUCCAGCUACCUCUGCAGAAACCCGAGGCCUCGCGCCGCAACGACAGAGGAGAACCCCGGCGCUCUGUGACGAUUGAGUGAAGAAAAGACUUUAAAAAUACAAGAAGUGUGAGACACUUUCCCUCCAUGUGACAAUUGGUCAAGUUGCUUGUCUAUUAAACACCAUGCGCUUGGAACAAAACUA